UCCUAUUGAGUUCUUAUUCUCAACAUGAAAAGAAGUUAUGCUGUGAAAGUGCCAAAAUUGUCACGCUUAAGUCUCCACACGGAGAUCAUACCCUGCUGCCACACUGAAAAUUUAAUAUUUUAUCCUUGACGCGCGCGCCCUUUAAGCUCGCAGUGGGCAACCACACAUCCUACGGCGCAACAUCUGUCCAUCUUGGGUUUCAGUGAGUGCCUGUCUGAUCGGUCUCCGUGACACGGCCGGUAGUCGGUAAAAAAGAGCGCCGAGUCCGUGGCUGGCAACGAGCUCGCCCUCCGGUAUCCGGACGCUCGGUAUUUAUCGGUCACUCGUCGCCGACGCGUGUGCAGUCACACUUGGGUUGGCGGCAGCGUCAGACGUUCCUACUGUUCAUCCCACCUGCGGGUCGAGGAAUCUAGCGGGCGUUCGUCUGCUUUCGAGCCAGGAAACUGACUGUUGAACGGCACUAGGGGAGCUCUUCACGAGAGAGCUGCAUCGGUGUGGCCAGAGUUAUCAAUAGUUGCGCCGUCUGCGUCAUCGUCGCCGUCGGUUGCGGACAGUAUCUUCUCAGUCAGCGGCACGACAGGUCGUCUUCCUGCUUCCAGACGGCGGCACCUGUGGUCGGUCCGUCACGGUUGUAUUAUCACUCAAGACCGCCCCUGCAAACCCUACGGGGUUGCCUUAGCUUUCAUCAUGUGUCCCCGGUUCAGUGCGCUGUAAGAAAAGAACAUCUUACCGUUUCGUCAUUUCCAGGUUCUCCAGCCGAGACAAAAAAACCCCAUUCACUCGUACACGGGAGUAGGCAGGGCUUUGAAUUGCUUGGCCCGCGGGAUGCACGCAAGUCCUGUAAAGUAACGAACACAGACUGCCACCUCUUUUGCGAGGAUUGGAGGGGAUUCCGGUUCACGCUCUUCAAGAAGACAGCGUACCCAACGAAAGUGAUGCCACCGGCGUCCCGUUUGACCGUAUACGUCCAUUGACACAUUGAUUCUGCUGGUGGGAGCCGACCACGGACUUUAUUGACAUAGUCACAAUAGUCAUCCCGAAUCUGUGACCGGUGAAGCGGAAAAUCUCCGCAGCCAGGGAACCGAUUUAACCCUCUCCUAAACUAAUAACUAAAGUCUCACGCAAGCGGUCGACUGACCUCUGGAUACCUGACAAUUGUCGGGCGAGAUUUGAGUGCCAGGCCUGCUGGAGGUGCGGUGAGACCCUUGGUAAGCGGGGUGGGUUAAGCAGGGGGGACUUGGUUUCGGUGGCACUCACUGGCCCACCAUGGACGGCAUCGUGACCAAACCCAACAGCGUGCACUGGAAGCGGCCCUCGUGGUACCGCCGACGGACCAGCUUGGAGCGACGUCUUCUCGUCCUGGCGGUCCUCCUCGGCUUCGUUGCCCUGUCCCUGGUCGCCGUUCUACUCCACGAGCUCAUGACGGACAGAAAAGUUUCAGAAGGAGCCUUGAAACCAGGGAAGUCUACACAGUGCAUCGAUCAGCAGAUGUGUUUGACAGACGAAUGCGUCGAGGCAGCCGCUGGUUUGCUUCUCAACAUGAACCCCAAGGUAGACCCGUGCAAAGACUUCUUUGAGUACUCGUGCGGCGGCUGGACGAAGAGUCGGGUCAUCCCCGAAGGGAGCAGCAAGCUCACCGCCACCACGGAGCUCAAGAAUCGGUUAGAACUGAACUGUAAAGGACUGGUCGAAAGUGACGUCACUGACGAUGACAUCGAAGCAAUAGCGAAGACCAAGUACUUUUACCAGGCUUGCAUGGACGAAGAAAGGAUCAGCAGCAGGGGUUUUGAACCCCUGUGGACCCUUAUUGCUAAGUUCGGCGGCUGGCCGCUGAUGAACGACACGUCGUUCGACGAGUCGACCUGGAACCUGGAAGACACGCUGGCGAAGAUGUACUCCGAGACCGAGCAGAAUUUUUUCUUCUCCAACUACAUAGGCAUCGAUCCACAAAACAACGAAAUGCACAUAUACAUUAUUGAUCAGACGCGUACGUUACUGAGUCAGGAGGAUUUCAUGGUCGCAAACUUUUCACACAAGAAUGUGGUAGCCUACAGAGAAUACAUGGAGGCCGUCGCCUUGGAGUUGAGCCUUGCCAGUGAGGAUGAAGUGCGCCACCAAGUGCUCGACAUGCUACGCUUUGAAGAGAAGCUCAUAAACAUUAAAAUUCCCAGGGGGCCCAGCAGAGUCGUUUUGAAACGGUACAAAAAGCUGACGGUCGGGGACCUACAGAAUUCGAUUCCACAGUUCAACUGGUCAAGAUAUUUUGACGCCAUCGUGAGUCCCAGUUUUAAUGACACAGAGCUGUUGGGGACCUACAGCCUUGAUUACCUAAAGAGACUAGGGACAGUUCUCCAUGAAACACCCACUAGAACAAUAGCAAAUUUCCUGAUGUGGAAGCUAGUCCAUGAAAGUAUCCUUCUCCUUGGGCGGAAAUCUCGCAAGCUUCGGGAGGAGUUUUUGUACCUGGUGGAGGGCGAGCAUGGGGAGGGGCCCCGGUGGAAACAGUGCGUGACAAUGACCGCCAAUCGAAUGAGCAGCGGCAUGUCCACCAUGUUCAUCCAGAAGUACUUCGGACAGCAGAGCAAAACCAUGGCUCUCCAGAUGAUUUCCAAACUCAGAGAGGCUGUGCAAGAAACUCUAAAUGAAACCAAAUGGAUGGACGAACCAACAAAAGCAAGAGCUAUUGAAAAGCUCUUAGCCAUUCGUGAGCAGGUUGGAUUCGACGAAACUGUGAAUAACUACACGGUACUGGAGCAAGACUAUAACGAUGUGGAAAUCUCCUCCCAGCAUUAUUUCGAAAACGUCUUCGAGACGCUUAAAAAUGACGUGAAAUUUAUGCUGAAAAACUUCAGGCGGGCAGUCAACACGGACCGGUAUCGGUGGAGUAAGCUUUUUCCGCCAUACAAGGCAAACGCGGGCUACCAGUAUGCCCUGAAUCAAAUCACAUUUCCAGCUGGCUUUCUACAGCACCCUUUCUACAAUCGAAGGAACCCACAUUCAAUGAAUUAUGGCGGCAUUGGAAUGGUCAUCGGUCACGAGAUUAUGCAUGCCUUCGAUGACAUGGGCCGCCGUUUCGACAAGAACGGCGACAUGAGUGAGAUGUGGACUGAGGCGUCGGCCCAGGGUUUCAGGCGAGAAACCAAUUGCCUAUUGGAACAGUACGGUAACUUCACAGUGGAGCAGGUUAACAGGAAGGUGAAUGCGAAGCUGACGUUAGGGGAAAACAUCGCAGACACCAGCGGUCUAAAGGUGGCGUUCAAGGCCUACCGUCGGUGGAUUGCGGAGAGGGGUGCAGAGGAACCAACACUCCCUGGGAUUCGUCUCACUCACAAUCAAAUAUUCUUCCUGAACUACGGACAGCUGUGGUGUGACAAGAGCCGAGACCAAGCUCUUAUCUACCAGUUACAGCAAGAUUCACAUUCUCCGGGGAAGUUCAGGGUCUGGGGGCCCAUCAUGAAUUCGCCCGAUUUUUCUGAAGCAUUCCAUUGCAAGCCUGGGUCGCCGAUGAACCCAGCCAAGAAGUGCAGCGUCUUCUGAUGCACGACUCUUCGCUCGGAUCGGGAGGAGAAAAUGAAUACGUAAAUAAAAGAAUGGGACCACCGUGUCUGAGCGUCCACCUUUCUACUGUAGCGCCUGCAAUUAACGACAGGUCGAUUCCAACCUGAGCUGCAAUCCAAUGGGUUCUGUCUGAUGAAUUGUGCUGCCACUCGUCUCCAAUACGAAGGUGAAAGAAAAUGAUGGCGGUGUUUCGCUGUCACCGCGUCUUCUUUCAAAGGCGAACCUCGCUCCUGAUGCGCAUGCGUCGGCAUGACUGAUCUUUCUUUUCCACGUUACAUGCGCAGUUUCUGUCCACCAGUGGUUGGCAACACCAGAGGUGGUCGACUGAUGAGAAAUUCAUAGUGUUUAAAAUCUCACGCUGCCAUUCAAAAGCUGAGCGACAGAUAAUGCUACUUAAUACCAAAUGAAAGCGCACGAACCUCCGUCUUUGAACACCAUUGGAGGAAAUAUCUGCGAGGCAAAAUCUGUUGCCAGCCACGGGCGAACUUUUUGCAUUCGCUGUCCAUACAAAAACCAAACGAGUAGCCCUGCAUAGCUAAUCUCCUACGAAGUUCUGAUGACAAUGCCGCACUUACUACCCUUGUAAGGUGAAAUGAUGGAUAUCAUUAGUCGCUUCGGUGGUUGUCUGAUCGUCUCUUGUAUCCCAUCUUAAAUUUCAGCACACGAAUUAAUCUUUUUUCUUGGGCUAAUUACAAUAAUAACCUCUAGUUUCCAUUUUAAUGGCGUCUCAGAUUGGCGGAGCAUCAUCUGUACUUACAGCGAACAUACUGCCGUCUAUCAACAGAGGCCCCACAAAGCAUAACGACUACUUAUAAGUGUUUUAGGGGAAAAAAUGUAUUAUUUUGUAAAUAUCUACAUGACGUGCAGCAUUAUAAGUCUGUAUAAUAAAUUUUAUUUAAUCCUGAGUAAAUACAUCAUGGCAUUAUUUUCUGAUCAAGUUAUAUUAAAUCCUUCUUCCUCUUUGCAUGUUGCUGGAGACGUUGAUUACUUAAAGUGCGUUUGUUCGUUUUGGAGAAUUUAGAAGUCCAAAAUCACAACCCGUCUACCAUCUCGCAAUUAGUGUAUUUAUAAGCCUAUGUGUAAUGUAAACAUAGAUAAUGUACAGACUACACUCUAAAAUCAAUCCAUGCUACUCGAUGUCUUAUUUACUGUGAAGUGUUUUAUGUUUAACAUGGUUUCAUUGUGCAUAACGCCACCGAUACCCGAAAUCCAGGAAGUCAACGUCUCUCUUUGUAAUUGGACGGCAGGGGGCGCCUGAUAAAUCCAAUGUUGUCAGACCAUGUAUUCCAAGAGAGGAAAAAAAAAACUUCUGUAAACACUCAAACUGUCACAACAGUUAACCACGUUUAGUAAACCGCAAUGUAGUCUCUAGCGUCCAAGUCUAGUUCGGUUUUUUUGUUGUUGACGGUGGCCUCAUUGAGCAAUCCAAAAAAAAAAACACCUUGCGGCGCAUGUCUUCAUGGCCAAUAGGGCGGCGCACAAUACUGCUCACCUGAAGACUUAAAUAUAGGGACACCAUUUUCAUAGGGCAUGAGGAGAAAAUCUUGACAUGCUUGCCCUAAACGGGAUCCUUUUUUUCUCGAGAAUACGACAGUUUUGACGUUUCAGCUAGUGGUAAACGUUAUUGUUAUAUGCUUUGCUGUUGGAGUAUGAUCAAGAUGUCAACUCUUAAGUUGGAAAGUGACCCCUCCAAGUCAAUCAUCUCUGUCUGCGGUAACAUAAUGACGUCAAGUCUUGUUUACGUGAGCGCUUCCCUUUGGGAGUGAGGACGGACGCGAUCCAUUGAGCCCCCAUGGGAAAGCACACAUGUAAUCUUAAUGCCACGUCAUAAGGUCUUAGGUCAAUUAAAAAUAUAAUCGCACGAUCAGACAGCUCUUUUAGUAGUUUCAAAACAUCCGUGCCAGAGCGGCCGUUCUAACGCAGAGACACAAAAACCCUCCAUGCCGCUGAUGUAAGUAGAGCUCUGUUUUUCCCCUCUAUCGAAGCGUGCUGAUCCCCUUAAUUAAGCCUCCCUAGCCCUCUCCGUUCAAGGAUUGGAUAAGUUGUCGCUAAAUACUUCUCAGUACACCCCCUAUAAGCACGACAAACAUUAAGUCAUCCCCACAAAAUGCCUCUUGCGAAUGGACGGUGCUAGCAGAAUGAAAGUAGCGCAGAUGCUAAACAUGAUAUUGGCUUCCGGACUCAGUGUGCGACUUUUAUUGGGAAUGCUGCAGCUAUGACCUUUCGUAUUCAGUACACGCCCCUAUUGUAAUUAAUUUCUCCCUUUAAUAAUGGUAACUGUAAUGGUAACCCGUCACUUGGACACCAGCGACGGGGAGUAAUAUCCGGACACGGCAAUCGGCAGUUUAUGGUCGUUAAUGUCUGACCCGAAUUCCGCUCCAAAACGACCAUAAAACAAAGAACAGUCGAUUUGUAUUUGAAGACGGUUCAAAAAUCCCGUGUAAAAUCUCCUCAUGUAUGAAAAGGUACUGUAGGCCUAUGAGUGUGAAUCUUUUUCAUCCAUUAAUUUGGUUGGAAUGUUUGGAGUGAGCAAAGAAUUCUGAUAACUGCGGUAUUUCGGUUUAGUUUUUCAGGGCUAGCUGCAUCUAUGUGGCAGUAACUGGUCGAAAUUCACACCGCAAGGUGUUAAUUCAACACUCCAGAUUAUUGUAUUUUUUUCUGCUACUGCGAAAGUAUAGAACUUUUUAAAUAUACCUUCUUACUAACAGUUUGUUUAAAUUCUAAACGUUUAUAGUUUUGAUGGAUUGUUCUUACCUAAUGAACAUUGAUGUUUAAAAAUAGGACACCGAUGCUUAUUUUGCAUAAACAUGUUUAGAAAGAAAUGACAAGAUAAAUUGAUUAACUUAAUUUUGGUGACUUAUUUGCGCUUAGUUCCUUUCGAUUUUACUGACAAGUAAAUUGUCUUUAUUCCCGACCGAAUAAAUGUAAUAAUAUAAGUUUUUUGAGGAUUGCAUCAAACACAUUUCAUUAAAAAAAUAUGUUGGGUCAUCCAUUUGUAUCCAACUUACUAUUUCGGAGGUGCAUCUUCAGGAGCGUCUUGUUAAGUGACCAAAGUGUUUUGUAUUUUUAUACGUUUUGUAACCCUUUGGGCACAAAUGCGACGUUCUUUCUUUUACAAACGUCAAGGUCCACCUUUUGGCCAAUCAGUGGUAUUAAAUUAAGUGUCUGGAAAAUCUUCUGCAAACAAAACAAAAAAUGUUAACGGAGGGUACCAAAACCUGAACAAGUUAACCACCCCUUUAACUCAAUGAGAACGCAAAUGUAACGUGCAAUUCGGGGGGUGGGUCAUUUCUAUAACCAUGGUGGGCAUUUGUCGCAAAACAAUAGCUGCCCAUUCGAAAAGACGUCCCGUAUUGAUUAGAAAAAAGAUCUUUUGGCUUAUGUGGAUCACGUUUACCACCUGAUGGUAAAACCACAAGUUGAUAGGAUCAAGUAACUUUUUGAUAUAGUAAAUGCUGUAAGUGGGUGUAAUCUACAAAAUAUUUUAUAGCUUUUAAGUAGCUUCGUGAUUAUCGCUGGAAUAAGGUAUAUCUCUAAUAGACUGUAGUAUUUAAUGUGACUUCACUCAUUGAAUUGAACUAUAAUGUAAAUGUGAAUUUUUGUACUGGAUAUUAUAUCAUUAUAACAUAUCUCCUUAUAUAACCGCUAAUUUAAAAUAUCGGUUAUAUAAUUUCUGUCUUGUACAUUGUGUAGAUACACCUUACAUAAACCUUUAUCUUGUAAGGCAGUGUACAAGGUUGCGUAUGUAAUAUUGCUUUUUAAUCAGGUAGAAUAAACGUGGCAACACGCGCUGGCGAGGUCUCUCAAAUCUACGCGCCCUUGGUCGCCAGAAUAUUAAGUUCCUGCCAUCCGUCAGAUGAUGUGAUAUGGUUAAUAAGUCACGACUGUUGCUUAAUAACCGACCGGACGGCCGGAACCGGCGUUCGGUGUAAUCAGAUUCUGAAGCUGUCUUUCCACAAGCAAAAGUGUCCCUCGUUUCCGGAAAGACUAGGAAUUCGAUGUCAUCGCUGUUCAACGUGUCUAUGACGUUUUGGGGGCUUUUUUAGUAAAUAUAAAGAAUAUAGGUGUAGGAAAAAUGAGAUGUCUCUUUUAUCAUUUAGUCACCUGAUCUCUUGGGAAUUGAAAAAAAAGUGGUUCGCGGGUCAGUCAAAGUGCACAAUAUGCUCCAAACCUGGAGCAGAUCAAAAUCCCAUGUGCUUAAUGCUCAACGGUCCAACGUUUCCAGGAAUGAUCCUAAUUUAAGUCAAAUGUUUUUGAUGCGUUCCUCAAGCAAGACCAAGUUGGGAAUCAGACACAUCCUAAAAGGGUAGUCUUUGUAAAUUGUGGUCCUUCAGUGAGAAAGCAAUGCCAUGUGACCCGAUGGUAUUCCCAGAAACAUCCUCUGCACCACUUUUAAACUUUGUAGUAUAGUAGAAGUAGAGGAAGCAGUGUGCGAAUUGUCUUUUGAUACCAAAAAGGAUUGUCCAUUUACUCUCCCUGUUGAAUAUUGCUUCUUUUUCUACCAGAAAUUACCCCCAUUCGUAGUGUGUAAUACGUGGUACAUCAUCAAGGCGAUUUGUAGGCCUUGUAUGCUUUUUGCAUGCAGUAUUCAAUAUACAGGUAAGCAUUAAAACAUGGCAAGCGCACAAACCCUCA